AUGUCUGCGAUUGUGGAAGGUCUUCUAAAAUUUAGUUUUGAUGAGAAUGAUGAAGUGGAAGGAAGAUCAGAUGUAGAAACGAAUGGUCGCAAGCGAUCUGCUAGCGAAGCAAGGGUUUCGUCAACGUUGCAAAAAUCAUCCCCUCAGCUUACAAUUCUUAAAUCACCUGGUCGAUGGGGAUUUCAAAAUAAAGAAUACGUGUACGAAGAUGUCACGUCAUCCGUGCAAGGUGAUAGGAGUUUAUCACUCUGUGAUGGCGCUGGGGAUAACAGGCCAUUCUACUUAAAUGGCUUUCCAUGGACAGCACAGUAUGCUCGAAGACGUGAUUACAAGCAAGAACUUUUCUACCUUUGCGUUCAAAAAGGUGUUCAAACUUGGCGACUUAGAAAAGCAGUACUUGACUUAUCGAAUCCUGUAAAGCUUGGCGAAGGAACAUUUGGCGAAGUCUUCCGAGUCAUUUACAGCGGGGAAAUUGUUGCACUGAAGGUAAUUCCAAUUGGUGGUACUAAAAUGGUUAAUGGAGAUAAGCAGAAAUCAUUUCGCGAUAUUAGCGCAGAAUUGAUAGUUUCGAAGGAAUUAUCAGAUCUGAAACAUAUCGAGGACGGGUAUUCCACGCAGGGCUUCAUUCAUUUAAGAGGAGCUAUGGUUGUCAAAGGGUCCUAUCCAAGGUCUUUGGUUACCGCAUGGGAGCAGUACGAUGAACGCUUGAAGUCCGAAAAUGAUCAUCCGUGCAUUUUUGGCUCUAGCCAACAUUUCUUGCUUUUAGCUUUCGAAGAUGGUGGAGCUGACUUGGAGAAAUAUGUCGUCGCUAAUGUUUUGCAAGCGUACAGCAUCAUCUACCAAAUCCUUAUGGCACUUUCCGUGGCGGAAUAUCGACUUUCAUUUGAACAUCGUGAUCUUCAUUGUGGCAAUAUUCUCAUACGAAAUGUGCAAUCUGAUACCGUUGUUAAAGCAGAUUAUAAUGGUAAUGAGGUUGCCGUUCCUACAUACGGUGUUGAAGUGAAAAUUAUCGAUUUUACUCUCUCUAGAAUGUCUAAAGGAACGUCGACGAUUUUUUUUGAUUUGGCGAAAGAUGACGAAUUAUUCACAGGUGAAGGUUGUUUACAGUACGAGAUCUAUCGAGCAAUGCGCGCGGCGAACAAGUGA